UUGCAGAAAGAGCAACAGCGGCAGCAGCAGCAGCAGUGUGAUUGGAGUUCUUCGGAAGCAAUCCAAAAUGAUCCAGCGAUUGAGCAAGAUGAGCAAGAUUGUGCUGCUGGUAGCAGUGGCAUUGAUGCGCUAGCAGUGCUGGCUGAUGCAGCACUGGCUGCAAACUCCGAACAAUUCUCUCUACCGCAUAGUAUGUCACGCGAAAUCCCAGCACUACCGUUCGAUGAGCGUCUCUCAACAGGGGCAUGCCCAGUGCCACCACCCAAAGCUCUCUGCCAUCUUUGUGGCUCAAGAAAUACAAAUUCAACGUUAAUACAGUGCGAUUUUUGUGCUCUUUGUUAUCACCUUGAUUGCUUAACACCACCGCUUUCAUCAACACCAAAGGACAAGUGGAUGUGCCCCGCUCAUGUUGAACAUAUCUUAGAUCAAAAAUUUGCCAAAACUCUUUCUUUGCAACAACGGCUACGAUUUUGGAAUAAAUACGCAAGGCAGCCGGUUGACGAGUAUGCUGUCAAGUUAUCAUUUCUCAAAAAAGCAUCUGAAGAGCGAAAGGGCUCAAAAAUUGAGGUUAAUCUCAGAUUCUAA